AUGUCGACACCUACUGACACUCCCUUGACAUUGUUUUGGUCGCCUGGAGCUUGCUCUUUUGUACCUCACGUUGCGUUAUGUGAAACUGGACUCAAACAUGACCUAGUUCUUGCUAAGGUCGGACAUAUGACGAAGGAAUUUGAAGCAAUCAACCCAAAGCGCCGCGUACCAGUUCUAAUAAUGGGCAGUGAGGUCAUUACGGAGAUGGCAGCCGUCCUCAGUGCGAUUGCAACUGCUGCACCAGACUCACACAUCUUUGGGAGGACUCCUCUCGAAAAGAUUCGAGUAUACGAAUGGCUCAACUAUCUGUCAACCACGGCGCAUGGUUAA